AUGGAAGAUAUGGAGUUGUUGAUUAUAUUGAUUGAAAGUAAAGAUCGGGGGGCUAGCAAAAUGUUGCUAACAUCAGAAUUGUUAGAAGAAGUUGUACGUCUAGACAACUCAAUUCAGGCGACUAAUAUAACGCUUAAACAUGGUACUAUGUUCUCUUUUAAGAACUUAUUUACUCGAAGAGGAAGUAUCAACUUUCUAUUUGAUGCGUUUAAGGUAAUUUUUUACUGUUGCAUUGAAUGAAAGUUCUAACGAAAUGUUUUAUUACUUUUAAGAAACAAUUUUAUUGUUUAGAUGGGGUACGAUAUGCAAAAUCUUAAUGAACAGUUAAACUUUACUUUGGAUUCUGCAAUUCAAUUGGAUUCGCCAUUUGCUACAAUAUAUGACCAUAGAUUCCUUACUCUUCAGCAUUUCUUUGGAGCAGACACAUACCCGCGAGACAAUGUUACAGUAUGUUUUUUUUCUGUUUUAUUGUUUACGGCAUUAAAAAGAAGUGUUGAAUGAAAAAACAAGAAGUUGUUAAUUUUAUUUUUGUUACGUUUUUAGCGAGUCUCACAAAUUAAAGCGGUGCAGUCGAUCGGGUUAUGGUACAUGUUGCAAGCUCCACUGCCAGAUCGUGCAGGGCGUGACAUAUUACACGAUAUUGAGCUGAAAGUUUUCGAAAUGUCACAACAGAAUUUUUCUAGUUACUUUGAUUUUUAUAUGUAUGCCGACGAAGUGGCAAAUCAUGAGAUGAUGGUCGGGAGUUUAAAGACGACAAAUUUGUUAGUUGUCGGUGCUGUAAGUGUUUUUAUUGUGUUUUAAAAUAAGGGAUAAUCUUAAGAAAUAUGAUAUGUAAAUUCGUUUUAAUUCUUUCCGAAUUAUUUUAAAAUAGUAUAUCAUCAACAAAUAUUUUAGUUUUUGAUGGUAAUAUACAUGUUGAUAGCUUUACGUGAUUUUAACUUAAAAGAUGCUUUAAUUAUACUAACUGCUGCUAUUUCUACACCUUUGUUGGCAAUGUUAACAACGUUUUCUAUUAUUGGGUGGAGUGGGAUGCCAUUUAACGGCGUUAUGAGUAUCGCUCCUUUCUUGAUUUUGGGUAUUGGAGUUGAUGAUGCGUUUUUAAUUCUACAUUCUUGGAGAGACACUCUGAAAACUAUGGUAAAUUUUUACAAUGGUUCAUUACAGUAUUAUUAUGAACUUUUUACUUUAAGUAAUGUAAAACUCAAAUAUUUUGCGCUUUUUAGUUUCUUGACUUUUUAGAAAGAUGCUGCACCAGUAGAUCGGUUAGAACGGGUAGUAUCAGAUGUCGGGCCGUCGAUUUUAAUAACAUCAGUUACCAACACGUUAGCAUUCAGCGUUGGAAUUUUAUCUCCAGCUUACACUAUGAUGUCAUUUUGUUUAUGCACAACUAUAGCCGUGGCGCUAGAUUUAAUAUUGGAAUUUGCAGUAUUUGCACCUACUUUGGUUAUAAUAGUCCCAAAGUUAAAGAUUAAAAAAGAAAUUCCUAUUGAAAAGUCAUGGUGGUUCAAAUACGCAACGUUUUUACUGUCGAAAUUUGGAAGGGGACUUUUCACACUUACAAUUGUUGCGUUGUCUGUAUGGGCCUACUUUGGCAUUGCAAACAUGAAUCCUAACUUUGAGCCAGAAAAGACGUUUCCGUUCGAUUCAUAUUUACAAGAAUCUUUAAGGCCGAUUAAAACACUGUACAAAGAAGUAAGUGAAAAAAGUUGUUUAAGAAAAAAAUGGUUUGAGUUUUAUUUUCAAAUUUCAAAAAUUAAUUAGUUCAGUUUUUGAAAAUAAACAUUUUUAGUAUGGCCCACUGUCUAUUAUAAUUAAUAAAGCACCGGAUGUAAAAAACCAAACAGAUCUUUCAACAUUUAUUCAAAUGGUAGAAAGUAUAGAAGCACUACCAGAAACAUAUCCAAGUAACUACACUCAACUCUGGUUACGAGACUAUCUUAAAUAUUUUGAAAAGCACAGCAACGACUCGUUGUCAUACCAGUUGGUUCCUCAAUUUUUGGAAGAUCGUCUUAUGAAGGACAAAAAUGUUGUUUUAUACCAUGAAGACGUAAACGGUAUUGUUCAUAUUGAUAGUUUUGUAUUGCUUGUGAUUUGUCAUGGAGAAAGGAACUGGCAUAGUCGUGCCUUUUUUGUUGACAAGUUAAGAAGUAUGGUAGACUCACAUCCAGAAUACAAAGCUUCAGUGUUUGACUAUGAUGCUACUAUAUUCGAUUUGAUUAUAACUGCCAAGGUAAAUUAUUUUUUUAUACAAUAUGUUUUUUACAAUUGGAAGUGCUAACCAUUUUUUAUUUUAGCCAGAGAUGAUUAAAGCUGUGGUAGUUACGUUGGUUUGCAUGGUUAUAGUAUGUUUUGUUAUUAUACCGUCACCAAAACAUACAGGGAUUGCAACUUUGUCUGUACUAUCAAUUUCUUACUGUGAGUAAUCAAUACAAUUUAAAGAUUGAUACGGAACUAUAUUUUGAUUAGUUUGACGCAUUCUAUUAUAAUAAUUGUAUAUUUUUCAAAACUUUAUUUUAAAUAUUAAAAUAUUUCAGCGUUAAUUGGAGCGCUUGGAUGGUGGGGCCAGGACAUGGAUCCAGUAACAAUGACUAACGUUUUAAUGGCUAUCGGAUUUUCUGUAGACUUUUCGGCACACAUAUGUUAUCAUUACUUUAAACAAGAACGCAUUGAUACUCGGCUAGGCCUAAAAGUUGAACACAACGAAUUGGUUUACCGCCUCACAUCGGUUUUACUACAUGUUGGCCGGCCCACGUUUGAAGCUGCGUCAAGCACCAUGAUAUGCAUGUUGCCUCUGUUUACUGUUAAAAUGUAUGUGAUAGGAUCAUUUGCAAAGACGGUGAUAUGUGUGGGCCUGUUGGGAGUAAUGCAUGGGUUGUUCUUAGUUCCGUCGUUAUUAACUUUGACUUAUAAAGGCGUUGAUGAUAAAAAGAGGUUAAAAGAAACGCGGUCUACAGAUUCCGACCGGCCACUUAUUUCUAAUCAAGCUCUCUUGUAA